AUGGUUCGAUUGCGCGUUUCUUCAAGACACUUGAUCCUCGCUUCACCAGUCUUUCGAAAAAUGCUGGAGGGACCGUGGGUGGAAUCGCAUGCUUGCCACGGCCGAUUACGUGAGAUCUCGGUGGGUGAAUGGGAUCUAGAAGCCUUCAUAAUCGUCCUGGACAUCAUCCAUGGUCACCAUCGACUUGUCCCGAGGUCCCUCAGAUUAGCGAUGCUCGCCAAGGUAGCCGUCAUUGUGGAUUACUAUGACUGCGUCGAAGUGGUCGAAGUCUUUUGGGACUACUGGCUCAAGGGGUUAAAGAAAGAUCUUCCAACGUCAUAUGGAAGCGAGUCCCUACUUGUAUUGCUCGUAUCUUGGGUUUUUUCUGCAGUCGACAUAUUCGAAAAAAUGACAGAGCUUGCCGUUCGACACUCGAAGUGCCUAAUCAAGGUGGCAGAUCUCCCAAUUCCAGGAGAGAUACUUGACUCAAUUGAUCAGAGCCGGCAAAUCUCCGUUAGUCGGACUUUUUCAGCACUCUAUACCUUGCUUGACUCUCUCACCCAUGAGAAAGCAGGCUAUUGUUUUGAGUGUUCAUCCAUGCUUCUCGGUUCAUUGACUAUUGAAUCGAACAAACAUGAAAUUCUGAGCCCCCGAGCCAGAGCACCAUUCUCUGGCUACAGCGUGACCGCUGUCCAGACAAUUGUGUCUAAGAUCCGAAGCCCUACCUGGCUGUUACAGAGAAACUACUCCUCAUAUUGCGAAUCAUAUGAGUCUUGCGACCUCUCUAAACAAAUUAACCCGACUAUAGACACGGUCGACAGGGGACUCAGGGGACUCAAAUUAGGAGAUUACCAGCAUCGUAGCAAGUAG